AUGAGGCUGAACACAGCUGAGGAUUUCCAAUGGACAAAGAAUAAUCCAGGCUCUUUCUAUUAUGGCACUUUUCCAGAUGGUUUUUUAUGGGGUGUUGGAAGCUCUGCAUACCAGACUGAAGGGGCCUGGGACAAGGAUGGGAAAGGACCAAGUAUCUGGGAUGUUUUUACUCACAAGAAAGGGACAGUGUUCAGAAAUGAAACAGGAGAUUCAGCAUGUGAUGGCUACUAUAAGGUUAAGAAUGACAUUCAGUUGCUGAAGGAGCUGAAAGUUAAUCACUAUUCAUUCUCUAUCUCGUGGCCUCGGAUUAUGCCCACUGGCAUCAGGACAGAGCAGCUGAAUGAGAAGGGAAUCCAGUUCUACAAUGAUACAAUAAAUAGUCUUCUGGAAAACAAUAUUACCCCUAUUGUGAGCCUCUAUCACUGGGACCUUCCACAGGCUCUCCAAGAAAAGUAUGGUGGCUGGCAGAAUAUAAGCAUGAUAAAUUAUUUCAAUGAUUAUGCAAAUCUGUGUUUUGAGAAGUUUGGUGAUCGUGUGAAACAUUGGAUCACUUUCAGUAACCCUUGGGCAGUUGCUGAAAAGGGUUAUGAAACAGGAGAGCAUGCACCAGGACUGAAACUCAGUGGGUGUGGAGCAUACAAAGCAGCACAUCACAUCAUCAAGAGUCAUGCAGAGGUUUGGCACUCUUACAAUAACACCUGGCGAAGUGAGCAGCAAGGUAUGGUUGGAAUUUCCCUAACCAGUGCCUGGGGUGAACCUAUUGAUCCUUACGACCAAACAGACAGAGAGGCUGCUGAAAGAUACAUCCAGUUCAACUUGGGAUGGUUUGCAAACCCAAUUUACAGAGGAGAUUAUCCAGAAGUUAUGAAGAAUUAUGUAGGUAGGAAGAGCACCCAGCAGGGCCUGGGGACAUCAAGAUUACCAACUUUCUCAGGGCAAGAGAAAACCUACAUUAAAGGCACCUCAGAUUUCCUGGGAAUUGGUCAUUUCACUGCUCGGUACGUGGUACAGAAGAGCUUCCCCCUCCUCCCAGUACCCAGUUACAAGACUGAUGGUGAUCUGGCUGAACUGGUGGACCCAAACUGGCCAGCUCCAGGACCUAACUGGUUAUAUUCUGUGCCGUGGGGAUUCAGAAGAUUACUCAACUUCAUUAAGACACAGUAUGGGAACCCCCUCAUUUAUGUGACAGAGAAUGGAGUUUCUGACAAGGCAGAGUGCACUCAGCUGUGUGAUGAGUGGAGGAUAGAGUAUCUGAAAGGAUAUAUUAAUGAGAUACUGAAAGCUCUAAAGGAUGGUGUUAAUGUCAAGGGUUACACUGCCUGGUCACUGCUGGAUAAAUUUGAAUGGGACAAAGGCUUUUCUGAGAGAUUUGGAUUUUAUCACAUUGAUUUUAAAAGCAAGAACAAAACAAGAUACCCAAAGGCAUCUGUUGAGUAUUACAAAAAGAUUAUCAGUGCAAAUGGAUUCCCAAAUGCAAGAGAGGUGGAAAACUGGCACCAGAAAGCCAUGGACACUUGUGCUACCACUCACCAACUCCUUGCUACAGAUUCCCUGGUUACUCACAUGGAAAUGGUGACAGAGAUUGCUCUUCCUAUACUAUUCAUGCUCUCCAUACUCAUCAGCAUUGUCCUACUAAUAUUCUACCUUCAAAAUCACAGUUAG